AAUAUAAUUAAUAAACACCCUACACACAAACUCGCUAUUAUAGUGGAUACAAGUUAUUUGGGCCCAUGCUUCACGUGUUGGUCGAACCCAGGCCCAAUAUCUCCAAACAUUACAAAUUCGAAACCCUAUAUUUGAUCACAUUGAGAUUCAGAACUAACCCUUCAUCAACCUCUUCUCUGACGGCUACAACCCUCGUCGUUUCCAAACCCUAAUGGCACCGAAGAAGGAAAAGGCUCCACCACCGUCGUCAAAGCCGGCGAAAUCAGGAGGAGGAAAACAGAAGAAGAAGAAGUGGAGCAAGGGAAAGCAAAAGGAAAAAGUCAACAACAUGGUCUUCUUUGAUCAAUCUACCUAUGAUAAGCUUCUCACUGAAGCUCCCAAAUACAAACUCAUCACUCAUACAAUCUCGUCGGUAGAUUUAAAUUUUUUUAAAUAAAACUGAUGGAAAAAAAUAAUGUGGCUGACAAAAGCAAAGUUGAAGAAUCAAAAUUGAACUAAAACUAAUUAAAAGACAAAAAAUAUAAACUUAAAAAAAGAUAAAAGACCAAAAAGUAAUUAAAUUUUUUUAACAAAUAAAAAUAUAUUAAAUUAGUACAUGAAAUAUAAUUAAAAAAAAAUCAAAUCAUAAUUGAGUAAAAAAUUAAUUAAUAAUUAAUAACAAUAUAAAAUUAGUAAAAGACAGUAGAAAAAAAUGAUACAAUACAAAGACCCUACUUUGACUUGUAUGAUUCUGAAAAGUAAAAGAGGGAUGACAGUAGCAAGCAAAUCAGCAUCUUCCUACAUAACCGUUAUACAACGGAACACAUCCCCGGUAACCAAAUUCAAAAUGAAAAGUAAAAAACACAUUCAUUCCCUUACUUUUCUUCCUUUUUCAAAUCCAACUUCCAAUGUUUAUAUUAAACAUAACCACCACAACCCUUUACUAACCCUUCCUCUGCUUCUUCUCAUCAUUUCUCAACCAAAAUUAUGGGUUGUUGCAUUAGCAAAUGCACACCCGAUGACAAACAACAUCCCCUUCAACAACAACAACAACAACAGAGUCAAUUCAACAAACACCUUCAAGACAAGCUUGUUAUUUCUCAACCUUCACCAAUUUCCCAAACUCCAACAACAACUACCUUUCAUUAUUCUUCAAACAAAAUCUCACCUUCUCCUCCAUCUCCAACCUCUUCCAUUUCUUCCUUAACAUGCACCACUUCCAACACCAUCUCCUCCUCAGCUUCUUCAUUUUCAAGUACUAAUUCUUUAACCUCUAAAGAUAGAUCUUUUUCCAACGAGUUCCUAUGGUCUUGCUACAAGGAAAAUCCACACAUCACUCGCAUCAAGGAAUCUUCUCAUUCCUUCACACCAAAAAAGAUUGUAAUAAACCCUUCACCAAUAAAACAACCUCCACCGCAAAACAUGCCACAGAAAAGAAUGCGAUCAAACUCACCAACAAACCUAACAAGACAGAAAAGUUUCCGAAAGGAAGUAGAAGUAUUACCAUUGAAAACUAACAACGUAAGUAGAAUGUUUGGUUCUUCACCUUCUCCAAGCCGUCGAUUCAAUACUACAUUAUCCGACAAUAGUGUUUCGAAACGAAUGAUGAAUAACACCACCAAGGUUAGUUGUGUUAAAGGAGCGAGUAGUAGUCCAAACAACAGUUCACGGCGGCUUCAUUCUUCAACUGGUUUGAAUUUGAGGCAUAGAGAGACUAAAAUUGAUGAGACUGUGGUUAAGGAUGUUCAUUCUAGUCAUCAUCACAAUAUGGAUUCAACAAUUAUGGAGGAUAUUGAUAAUCCUCUUAUCUCAUUGGACUGUUUCAUCUUUUUGUAGAAACACAGUGUGUAUUCUCUAUAUUUUUGUUUAUUUGGGGUUAUGUUCAUAUACAUAUAUAGUUUGUAACCAUUUUUUUUUUCUCUGUUUGGUUUUUCUUUUUUGUGCUUGUUGAUUGAUGAUUAUUAAAAUGUAUUCAUAACUCACGUAGAAGCUUGUAAGGUUGAUGGAUUUUGUGUUUCUACCUUUAAAUUAUUAAUUAUAAGAUUGAAGACACAUUUGUUUCUUCUGGAUUGAGUCAUUGAAUUUGUACUGUGUAUACCAUAAUAAUGAGAUUACUUCAUGGUUAA